AUGGGAGGCAUCCGUGAAAAGAAAGUUGAAUAUUUCUCUAAAUUAAGAGAAUACUUAGAAGAAUACAAGUCCGUCUUCGUCGUUGGUGUCGACAAUGUUUCUUCCCAACAAAUGCACGAAGUCAGAAAGGCUUUAAGAGGUAGAGGUGUUGUCUUAAUGGGUAAGAACACCAUGGUCAGAAGAGCCAUCAGAGGUUUCAUUGCUGACUUACCAGACUACGAAAAGUUAUUACCUUUCAUCAAGGGUAAUGUUGGUUUCAUCUUCACUAACGAUUCCUUAAAGGACAUCAAGGAAGAAAUUGUUUCCAACACCGUUGCUGCUCCAGCUAGAGCUGGUGCUGUCGCUCCAGAAGAUAUCUGGGUCACUGCUGUCAACACUGGUAUGGAACCAGGUAAGACCUCUUUCUUCCAAGCUUUAGGUGUCCCAACCAAGAUUGCUAGAGGUACCAUUGAAAUUGUUUCCGAUGUCAAGGUCGUUGAAGCCGGUAACAAGGUCGGUCCAUCCGAAGCUGCCUUAUUAAACUUGUUAAACAUUUCUCCAUUCACUUUUGGUUUAACUGUUGUCCAAGUUUACGACAACGGUCAAGUCUUCCCAGCUAACAUCUUGGAUAUCACUGACGAUGAAUUAGUUUCUCACUUCGUCUCCGCUGUCUCCACUAUUGCUUCUAUCUCUUUAGCUAUUGGUUACCCAACCUUACCAUCUGUCGGUCACACUUUGAUCAACAACUACAAGGACUUAUUAGCUGUCGCUAUUGGUUCCGGUUACCACUACGCUGAAAUCGAAGAAUUAGUUGACAGAAUCGAAAACCCAGAUAAGUACGCUUCUGCUGCUCCAGUUGCUGCUGCUGGUGCUUCUGAAUCUGCUCCAGCUGAAGCUGCUGCCGAAGAAGAAGAAGAAGAAUCCGAUGCUGACAUGGGUUUCGGUUUAUUCGAUUAA